AUGAGCACUUCUCGUCAGCAGGCCGUGUCACUCCCCGCUCAUGCCCCAGCAGUAUCGACCAGCACAUCGUCUUCCGCCCAGAAGAAUGCGCGCACAGCCUAUCCCGACAUGUUAGGUACACCACCGGUUCCUCCCCCGAGGACCUCUUCCACCCACCACAGUCGCCGCAGUCCAAAUGGAACCUCUACCGAGAAAACGAAUAGCUCCCGACAAGGCAAGAGCAGGUCUGAUCGAAAAGAAAGCCGUGAUCGCACCCGCGAGGACCGAAAUGGCAGGCCACGGAGGCACCAGCCCGAGGAAACACCUCGGGAAGUACAACCAAGGACGGCUCCAGUCGCAAACCCCACCGAGUCGGAAAUGGACAGUGCCCCUGGCCAGGGAAACUCUGUAAAAGAAACAAUCACGGAUAUCAAUUCUGUGCCGGUCAGCGACCAUCUUAUGGACCAGGAGAGAGAACAGGUGCGACAGGCCGGUACCGAAAAUGCCUCUUCAUCUGGAUUCGGUGCAGCUGGGGCCGACGGUGCGGAGGAGGCUCGUGGGCCUCGAAGUCGCCACGAUUACAAUAAUGGAAACGUGAUCAAGCGCAAGGAAACUACGUUUGGGUCGUACAUUCUCGGACAAACCCUCGGCGAGGGCGAGUUUGGAAAGGUUAAGCUGGGGUGGAAGCGCGAUGGCAGUAUCCAGGUGGCAAUCAAGCUCAUCCGGAGAGACACAUUGGGGACCAACCCCAGCCGACUGCCCAAAAUCUACCGUGAAAUCGCCAUUCUACGUGAGCUGGCGCACCCCAACAUUGUGCGCCUUCACGAAAUGGUGGAAACCGACCGUCACAUUGGUAUCAUCAUGGAAUACGCCUCAGGAGGUGAACUGUUUGAUUAUAUCCUAAAUAAUCGAUAUCUCAAGGAUAAUUCUGCACGCCGACUGUUUGCUCAGCUGGUUUCCGGAGUUGGUUAUCUGCACAAGAAGGGUAUUGUGCACCGUGAUCUCAAGCUGGAGAACUUGCUACUCGAUCGGAAUCGCAACAUCAUCAUCACUGACUUCGGAUUCGCCAACACCUUCGACCCGGUGGAUCCCCUAGACGAGGAAACCGAGUACAACUUGACCAACAAAGAAUAUGUGAAACGGAAGCGGCUAGACAGAAUUGGUCCAAAUGGGCUAAGGCGAGGUGAUCUUAUGCAGACCAGCUGUGGCAGUCCCUGUUAUGCAGCCCCCGAGCUAGUCGUGAGCGAUUCUUUGUACACAGGCCGGAAGGUGGAUGUGUGGAGCUGUGGUGUGAUUUUGUACGCGAUGUUGGCGGGAUAUCUUCCCUUCGAUGAUGACCCAGCGAACCCAGAUGGCGACAAUAUCAAUCUUCUGUACAAAUAUAUUGUCACUACCCCUCUCACCUUCCCGGAAUAUGUCACACCGCAUGCACGCGAUCUUUUGAGACGGAUACUAGUUCCCGAUCCCAGGAAACGUGCAGACCUGUUCGAGGUUGCCCGUCACAGCUGGCUCAGCGAGUUCUCGAACAUUGUCUCUCACAUCACAAGCAGCACGACAAACGUCGUGGAUAUUGCAAACACUACCAUCCCCUCUGAAACCCAGAAGGAAGCACCGCCUCUCGUCCGCAGUGCCUCAGUGCGCGAACCUCCGAAGGCACAUCAGAACAGUGCUCCUGCCGUUGGUGGUUUGAACCAUCAUGCCGGAGAUGUUUCUCAAGACCCGCCGUCCGAAAAGUCCAGGACUCCCCGUGAUGCCAAACGGAGGACGGUACAAGUCGAAUAUGUUGCUCCUCAAUCACAAACGACCCGAGGAGAACCUCCGGUGGAACAGUCUGCAACACGCAGUCGAGCCCCGGCCCCAUCCGAGGCCCAAGUUGCGGCUUCAGCGCAGCAGCCGACAGGGCCUACACACCAGCCUGCAGAUGCACCGGCACUCAACCUCAACAAGCCACUUCCAGGUCACUUCCCGCGCUCGACCUCGGACAACGCAGCACUUACUGGGUCGCAAGCGAUUGCUAUGUCUCAAGGACCUCGGCCAGCCACUGGUGGAUCUAUGAACUCCUUUGGAAACACGGGUCGUUUGCCUUCCCGCGGCUCCUAUGGACAGCCGGUGGCUCCCACUGUUACCGCAACUAACACAGAAGGCCGCCUAGCACAGCCUAAGAGCAGGCAAUUUGCUCUUGCGCAGGAUCCUGCGCAGGUAUCGAGCACAUCCAUCGGUCGUCCAAGCACCCAGAACCAGCAGUUGCCUUCAACCUUCAACACGACUCCUCGACAAGAACCGCCAAAGGGUCACAAGAGAUCCAAUACUGUUUCCAGCCUAGGCGAGAAACUUUUCGGUCGUUCUGGUUCAAUAUUGGGUGGCCGUACGCAGUCUAACGCCACUCGUACAAAGCAGGACAAGCGUUACCCACCUGUCAGCAUGAAGGAGCCUCUACCGAGAGAAAACUCUAGAAUGUCUGUGGACUCCCGCCGCUCUAUGCAGUAUCCCCACAAUCGCAAGACAAGCGAGUCUGGCACGGAAACCCGUCCUCGUCGAUUCUCAUUACUUCCACAAUCCUUCUCAUUCCGAGGUUUCUCUAAUACUCGGGCCCAGACUCCCGAAGAAACCUCGCACAUCCCUCGCCCCGUCGACCCCGGUGCCCCGCAACGCCCUGCUACCGGUCCUGCAGGUCCGGCGCAGGGUCGUUCUCGAGCGACAAGCUAUGGCACUCAAGAUGCCAUGGGAAUAGUUGACGAGGGCCCCGGCGAGGAUGUUCAUACCCAACCUGAGCCGCUUAGCUACGAGGCCCAGAUUGAUCGACAGUUUGCAGAUCUGGGGUCUCAAUUUGAUCACCAGAGUGAUUCCUUUGGAGUCCCCUCAGCUGAGCAAGUCUACCAAAACUCUGCAGACCACCCUGGUCACCAAAGCCACUCUAAGCCAAACUACUACGAUGAUUACAACGGCCCGUAUGACAGCGUGCCUAGGCAGUCGAUGCAGGUUGGUCGAUCAGGACGUGGGCCGGGUGUUUUGCAGAAAAACCACCGCAAAUUUGCUGACGCCUACGAAUAUGAGCGCGAUGGGUCUCACCAUUCCGGUAGCUCUGGGGCAGCACGCAAAGUCAUGGACUUUUUCCGAAGACGUGCCAAGUCCCGCGCCGGUGAUGACCGUUGA